UUGCGUUGGGUGGGCUACUCAGUCUAGGGGUUAGUAACCCACCCGCAAUCAAGUUAUUCCAGGGUCUCGGAGGGGCGCUACCUGGAAGGGAAUGAGCUAAGACAGAAGAACGAGGCCAAGCAACUUUGUCAAGGCCUCAGUUUAUUAGGGACGGGUUACAGUUUAUAUAUGGUAAGGGAUGAGGGGCAGGGUACAGGAUCUCACAGGCCGCGUGGUUCCGGUCACGUAGCGGUUACAUUCAGACAGACAGAUAGGGCCAGGAAGUCACGAGUUGUCACACCUGGUUCCCUGGGUAGCUGGAAUGUGAGGUGUAUUUUGCUAAUAGAUUAACAGUUAAUUGGGUGAGCAGAUUCUGUCAAUAGAACAUAAUUAUGGGUGUGAGGUUCCCUGCAGACUCCCCAGGGUGAUGGUUCCUGUAAUGAUAGGGGGGAAAUGGCUCCUGACAAAUCCGUAUGAAAACAAGGAUUAAAGAAACAGGAAAAUGUUAAUACCAGUUGAGUGAACUGAUAGCAGGGAUUUUUACAGAUUCCAAUCUCUGACAAAACACUUAAUUUUUUAUUCUAAAUAUGUCAGUGAGUGCUGAUGUGCUUUCUAUUAAUAUCUGGAGCAUAUUUCAUUUGUACAGAUAUUUAGAUGGUAUUGUGAUGUCUAGGACUCACUUACAGGCAAUAAUUACCUCUUUGCUAAAGGAGAAGUUGAAAGCAAUAACUGCCAUUUCUAGAGUCAUGAUGCCUGGACACAAAUCUCAGAACAAGUCUAGGUUGAUGAAGGUCACCAGUAAGAUCAUCUGGACAUAGACAUGUAAAGCUAUCCUAUGAGUUUAACAGGAAGGAGGGCAGGGAACAGAGACAUUGCAAGUACUAAGAACUCUUAAACCCUUGCAGCCACUCUAAUGUUCAGAUUCCUCUUAUCCUAGGACAGAGCCCAAAGCUUACCAUAAAUCCCUGAAAAAUGAGAAUGGAGCUCCAGAACUUGAAGAAUAGCAUCCUACCCAGAACCAAGUUCUGGAAUCACCUGGGACUGGUAAAUAAAAAGCAGCCUGCCUGACAAACAGGUUGGAGGAAAAGCAGGCUGCAAAACCAGCUGGCAUAAUAGCUUCUCAAAAGGCCCCACAGAAGCAAAUGCUAACAUGAACUCUUACAUAGUGGAAUGCCUGCUCACACAGGUAUGCCAGUAAUUACUGUGCUACAAACAGUUGGUAUUGAGGACAUGUGACUCAAAAACUGCACUCAUCUCAUGGCACUAUAUAAUCCCUCAUUAAUCCAAUUCUUAGGUUUACCUCAUCAGCAUCCCCUGGUCCAGAGCUGUUCCCUGUUCCCUUAUGUGACCUGAGGUAACUCACUGGGGUACAGAUGCCCUGAAGUCAUCCGCUAGGAUCACAGCUCUCUGCUAGCCCUCUUCUAGGAAGCAACACAAGGUUCUGCUAGACACCAUCCAUCCCUAACUGCAGUCUGGUAGUUCUAUGAAAGUUUUCACAUUCUAUUUUGAUGAUUCAGCUUUAACUGAAGGCCUCUAUCUGGACAGGUUGUGCAAUUGGACUUGACAUUUAGAACUAUUUAUUAAAAAUAUCUAGAAAACAUUUAUAUUGAAUGAAAUCAUAGAAGAGUCAACAUAAAAACUUUAAAAAUAUUAAUAUGUAGAAAUUGAAGUUACAAAGCUUUGAAGCCAAAUGCAUAUCUAGAAACUGUUACACUAAGAUAAAAAAAGAAAAGGAGCCUUUGUCUUUGAACCUGGGGGAGGGGCGGAUAUGAUGAAAUAGAGAAAAAGGAAGAAAUUUGCUUGCAGGACAAUGAAGCUCAAUUCAGGUAUGCUGAGAGGUAGUUAGCAUAAUCCAUGCACGCAGAUAAACAGGGACACACACACACACACACACACACAUUUACAGAAAUCAAUUUUGCUAGUAGAGAGUUCAAACACACCUCCUUUAAAACCAUAGAGUCUUAUUCCAGUUUCGAAACUCACCUGUCAGAGCACACACAUAACUCAGAGUCCGCAGGGAAGAGGAGGAGUUCGAGGACCCAGUCUACAGCAGCACAUGUGUCCAUCACUGACUCUCGUAUACCAGAAAAUGCUAUUGUGCAAAAUGUUUUUCAGAUAAAUGUCUAGAACUACUGAUGCUUUCUUGAAAACUCUUUGUAUCCUGAAUACAAGAUUUUCUACCCAGAAAUGAAAAAAAUGUUUUUGAAAUUUAUUAAGCAAAUAGUUAUCCUCUUCAUGACUGUGUUUGGCAUGCUGGGGAACAUUUCUGUUUCUGUGAAUUAUAUGAUCAGUUGGUGCAGAGGGCCUGAGAAGAAACCCAUGCAUCUUAUUCUCAUCCACUUGGCUUUUACAAACAUCAUAAUGCUUCUUGCAAAUGGGUUGCCAAAGACUAUGGAAGCUUUUGGUUUGAGAAACUUCCUAGAUGACAUAGGAUGCAAGAUCCUCAUUUACCUGUCAAGGGUGGCCCGUGGGGUCUCCAUCUGCACCAGCAGUCUCCUCACUGUGGUCCAGGCCAUCAUCAUCAGUCCCAGAGCAUCUGGAUGGAGAAGGCUCAGACCACAGUCUGCAUGGCACAUCCUUCCAAUCUUUUCAUUCUUUUGGAUACUCAAUGCUUUAAUAGGUAUGAACCUAAUCCAUUCCAUCACAAGUACAAGCCUGAACAUAUCACAGUUUAAGAGUGAAGACGGCUACUGCUAUUUUAUGUUAGAAAGUCAGCAAACAAAAUGGAUUGUUCUCCCUCUCAUGGUCCUGAGAGAUGCUGUGUUUCAGGGAGCCAUGGGAGGCGCCAGUGGCUACCUCAUAUUUCUUCUCCACAAGCACCACCAGCAUGUCCACUAUCUUCAGAACUCCAAGCUUCUCUACAGAACUCCCCCUGAGCUGAGAGCUGCUCAGAGUGUCCUCCUUCUGAUGCUCUGUUUUGUUUUCUUCUAUUGGGCUGACUGUGCUUUUUCUUUAAUUUUAAGUCUCUCUUUAAUAGAAAAAUCCUUGAUGCCAAAAGUUCAAAAGUUUCUGGCUCUUGGUUAUGCAACUUUUAGCCCGCUUGUGUUGAUUCACAGGAAUGGACUUCUGCCUGAGUGUUGUGAGAAAUUGAGAAACUAUCUCUUUCAUGUUUCUGUUCAGUGACUGUCGAAGAACUCUCACUUCUGCAAUAUUGUAGGUAAGACAAAAUUUUCAUAAAGUAGGUUAAGCAUGUAUUUAUUCUCACAUAUUCUUCCUGGUGACUCACAACCUUGUCCUGAGAGAGAGAGAGAGAUCUUAGUAAAUUACAGUGAUAAAAGAAACCUUAUUCUCCAAUUUUCUACUCCUUUGAAGGGAUUUGCUAAAUUCCUAUAUUAGUAUUGUGUAUGGAUAAUUUUCCUGCAUUAUGUCCAUGUAGGACAGCCACACCUGGUUCCCGUAAAGGGUAGAAGAGGUCAUCAAAUGCCCUGUGACUGACUGGAAUUAGAGAGGUUGCUGUCAACCAAAGUAUGGCUGCUAGGUCUCAAUUAAACCUGAGACCUCUGGAAGACAAGCUAGUGCUCUCAACUAAGGAGUCAUGUCUCCACCACAGGGAAAAUGGUCUUAAUUUUAUUUAGUAAAACUGUCACCAUGACUGGAAGCGCACAGAUGAAUUUGGUCGAUUUUAUUAACUUCAUAGUGAUUUAGUCAUGUUAUCUAAAGAAAUCCAUAUCUUGUAGCUGAUGUUGUUCUUGCUAAAUGUUAUUUUAGCUAUGAUGCUAUUUAACGUGUCUGUAUUUUUCUUUUUGUAGAUAAUAUUAUACAGAAUUUUGAAAAAUGAUAUGAACUACAUCCACUUCCUGGAAUCCCAGUCCACCAGUCACAGAACUUAAAUGCACUGAAAUGUUUCUAUGGUUUUAUAUUCAUGGAGGUUCGCUACAGGAAUUAACAUUGUCCAUAUGGGAUAAAUUAGAUAAGAAAUACACAAUAAAGUUUUAUUUUAUAUCCAUCUAUAGUUUCUAUGUUGAUAAAAAAAACUUGGAUUUGCCAAUUUACAAGAUUAAUCUGCAGUGUGAUUGAAACAGACUGAGGCUUGUUAGCAGCUGCCCUUUGUUAAUGCCUGGUUGCUCUCCACACUAUCCAGCUGUUUGUCAUCAAAGAGCUGCAAAAGGAUCUCAUUCUACAUCCAUUUAAGUGAAGGAUUCACUGCUUGAUUUCCUAACUUAGAUCCACACAAUAAGAUAUCGACACGGUUCUAAAAACAUAAUAGACCUAUUCUGAAAAAUACUUAUUGAUAUAAUUAUUGAUCAUGAAGGUAUAGAAUUUCUAGAGGUGGAUUUAUGCCUUUUUUAAAAAAGAAACUGUUCUGUCAUAUUUGACCCUUGAAACAUUUUUGGUUCUUUAUGGUUCUACUUUACAAUGAUGCAUAAGUAUUUAUAUUUUCCUUGGUUGCAUUUUAUAAAUAUGCAAAAUAUUUAAGUAAGUGAUGGUUAUUGUGCUAUAGAUUAUUAAAUAGCUAGAUUUCUAAUAUAAAGAUUUAUUUUAUGUAUGUGUCUCUGUGAGUGUGUGUCACAUGUGUACAGUUCCCCACACAGACGAGAAGUGGACACUGACCACAGGGAGCUAGAGCUACAGGCAGUCAUGAGUCCUAGAUGUGAGUGCUAGAUAAGGAACCAGGGUCCUCUGCAAGAGGAGCAGGUCUCCUAACCAUCCCUGCAGCUCCUUCUCACAUUUCUCAUGUGAUGUGACUUGUUUGUAGGGAACAUCCACUACUUCUCUGAGUCUCACCCUCUUCUGUUACAUAGAGGACCAGACUAAUGAACACUUUCUCAGUCAGUCUGUGUAAUUUGACUCAAAGGGAAGCUAUGUAUGAACAUGGAGAAGGAGUGAAGAAAGAUGUGUUUAAUCUGAAAUUGGCAAUGAGAUUGUUCAGUGUGGAUUGCGUUGGGUGGGCUACUCAGUCUAGGGGUUAGUAACCCACCCGCAAUCAAGUUACUCCAGGGUCUCAGAGGGGCGCUACCUGGAAGGGAGUGAGCUAAGACAGAAGAAGGAGGCCAAGCAACUUUGUCAAAGCCUCCGUUUAUUAGGGACAUGGUUGCUGCUUAUAUAUGGUAAGGGAUGAGGGGCAGGGUACUGGAUUCUUGCCUCGUGUUCCAGGUCACGUAGGCUAGGUUACAUUCAGACAGACAGAUAGGGCCAGGAAGUCACAAGUUGCGCCACACCUGGUUCCCUGGAUAGCUGGAAUGUGAGGCGGGUUCCGCUAAGAGAUUGCUGCUAAUUGGGUGAGGGGCAUUCUGCAGACUCCCCAGAGUGAUGGUUCCUGUAAUGAUUGGGGGGAAAUGGCUC